AUGAGUUGUAAAUCCAAAGUGGCUCCUAGUGUAGAUUUUGACCACAGCUGCUCUGACAGUGUGGAGUAUCUGACCCUUAAUUUUGGUCCAUUUGAGACUGUCCACCGCUGGCGAAGACUCCCUCCUUGUGAUGAGUUUGUAGGUGCCAGACGAAGCAAACACACUGUUGUAGCCUACAGAGAUGCCAUAUACGUGUUUGGUGGAGACAACGGGAAGAAUAUGCUAAAUGACUUACUUCGCUUUGAUGUCAAGGACUGUUCAUGGUGCAGAGCUUUUACCACUGGAACCCCACCUGCUCCCAGAUAUCACCACUCUGCCGUUGUGUAUGGAAGCAGCAUGUUUGUGUUCGGGGGUUAUACUGGUGACAUCUACUCAAAUUCAAACUUAAAGAACAAAAAUGACCUUUUUGAAUACAAAUUUGCCACUGGACAGUGGACUGAAUGGAAGGUAGAUGGAAGCUUGCCUGUGGCUCGGUCUGCACAUGGAGCCACAGUCUACAAUGAUAAACUCUGGAUAUUUGCUGGCUAUGAUGGAAAUGCAAGAUUGAAUGAUAUGUGGACUAUAAGCCUUCAGGACAGAGAGCAUGCCUGCUGGGAAGAGAUUGAUCAGAGUGGGGAAAUUCCGCCAUCUUGCUGCAACUUUCCUGUUGCUGUUUGCCGAGACAAAAUGUUUGUGUUUUCUGGUCAAAGUGGAGCCAAAAUCACCAAUAAUCUUUUUCAGUUUGAAUUUAAAGGACACAUGUGGACACGUAUCCCAACUGAGCACCUACUCCGAGGCUCUCCUCCUCCACCGCAGAGACGGUAUGGUCACACGAUGGUGGCUUUUGAUCGUCAUCUCUACGUCUUUGGUGGAGCUGCUGACAACACACUACCCAAUGAACUGCACUGCUACGAUGUGGACUCUCAGACCUGGGAAGUCAUUCAAGCCAGUAUGGACAGUGAGAUGCCCAGUGGAAGACUGUUUCACGCUGCUGCUGUAAUUCAAGAUGCCAUGUAUAUUUUUGGUGGCACAGUGGACAAUAAUGUGAGGAGUGGAGAGAUGUACCGGUUUCAGUUUUCAUGUUACCCCAAGUGUACUUUGCAUGAAGAUUAUUGUAGACUUUGGGAGAAUCGCCAAUUUUGUGAUGUAGAGUUUAUCCUUGGAGAGAGGGAGCAAAGGGUUUUGGGACAUAUUGCCAUAGUAACUGCAAGAUGUCAGUGGCUCCGGAGAAAAAUUCUGCAGGCUCGCGACAGACAGAGAUCGAAAAGUAAAAAUGAUUGUGACGAAACUGAUGAAGGGGCUGCACAUGGCCCUAAGGACAUCCCUGGUGGCAGCCAGCUGCUAGAGGUUCACAUCCGAGAGGCAGAGGCCCAGCCCUUUGAGGUCCUGAUGCUGUUUCUUUACACUGAUAAAAUACAGUACCCACGCAGAGGUCAUGUGCAGGAUGUCUUGUUGAUUAUGGAUGUGUACAAGCUUGCUUUGAGUUUUAAGUUAUCCCGAUUAGAGCAGUUGUGUGUACAGUACAUUGAGGCCUCUGUUGACCUGCAGAAUGUUCUCAGUGUUUGUGAAAAUGCUAAUAAAUUGCAACUUGACCAACUGAAGGAACAUUGCCUCAAUUUUGUGGUGAAAGAAUCACAUUUCAACCAGGUUAUUAUGACAAAGGAAUUCGAACGCCUGUCCACCCCACUAAUUGUGGAGAUUGUUCGUCGCAAGCAGCAGCCUCCUCCCCGAGUUUACUCAGACCAGCCAGUGGACAUUGGUACAUCUUUGGUGCAGGACAUGAAGGCAUAUUUAGAGGGUGGUGGCCUGGAGUUCUGUGACAUCAUCCUCCUGUUGGAUGGACACCCUCGACCUGCUCAUAAAGCUAUACUGGCAGCACGAUCAAGUUAUUUUGAAGCCAUGUUUCGCUCCUUUAUGCCUGAAGAUGGGCAGGCCUACUGCAAGCAAAAUCUGGAGAUGAACGUGACCGUGGAAAAUGUGUUGCAGAUAUUGGAGGCGGCUGAUAAAACCCAAGCUCUAGACAUGAAGAAGCACUGCCUCCACAUUAUUGUGCACCAGUUCAUCAAGGUUUCCAAGCUUCCCAACUUACGGUCCCUCAGUCAGCUGCUGCUUUUGGACAUCAUUGAGUCUCUAGCUUCUCACAUAUCAGACAAGCAGUGUGCUGAGAUGGGAUCUGACAUUUAA